AUGCGUGAGGCUGCAGAACGACGACAGCAGUUAGAGUUAGAGCAUGAACAAGCCCUGGCCGUCCUCAACGCCAAGCAGCAGGAAAUUGAGCUUCUGCAGAAGGCUCAGGUUGAAGCGAAAAAGGAGCACGAAGGUGCCGUGCAGUUGCUAGAGAACGUCCUGGACAGAAUGCAGUCCAAGGUUCGCGAGCUGGAAGAGAAAUGCCGCACGCAGAGUGAGCAGUUCAACCUGCUGUCCCGGGAGCUGGAGAAGUUUCGGCAGCACGCUGGGAAGAUCGACCUGCUGGGCGGCAGCCUGGUGGCCUCGCUUGAUGUCCCUUUGGCCCCCGGCAAGCCUUUCCCACAGUUCAUGAAUGGACUAGCCACCUCCAUCAGCAAAGGUCAUGAGGGUUCCCCUGGACGCUGUUCUGUGAUUGGCGACUAUAUCCCGCUGCCCAGGGACAAGCCAGAGCCUCCGCGCGCGAAGCCCGCCUUCCUGUCGCGAUCCGGCAGCCCAAGAUGCAGAUUUGAGUCCGAAAUGGAUAAUGAACGGAAUUCCAGUACCUCAAAGCAGAGAUUUUCGGGCAAAGUUCACCUGUGUGUCGCCCGCUACAGCUACAACCCCUUCGAUGGACCCAAUGAGAACCCAGAAGCCGAGCUCCCUCUCACGGCAGGAAGAUACCUCUAUGUCUACGGGGACAUGGAUGAGGACGGGUUCUAUGAAGGAGAACUCCUGGAUGGGCAGAGAGGGUUGGUGCCUUCCAACUUUGUGGACUUCAUUCAGGACAACGAAUCCCGGUCGGCGAGUACUCUGGGGAGCGAGCAGGACCAGAACUUCAUCAACCACUCCAGCAUCAGCCUGGAGGAUGAGAGCAUCCUUGACCUCCACUGCCUGACACACGUGGACUCGACCAUCACCGACGAUGGUGGGGGGACGCUGGACGUGACCAUUGAUGACACUGGAGAAGACAUUGUGCCUUACCCUAGAAAAAUCACCCUUAUCAAACAGCUCGCCAAAAGUGUCAUUGUGGGCUGGGAGCCUCCGGCCGUGCCGCCCGGCUGGGGAACUGUGAGCUGCUACAACGUCCUGGUGGACAAGGAACCGCGCUUGAACCUCACCCUGGGCAGCAGAACCAAGGCCCUCAUCGAGAAACUCAACACGGCCGCCUGCACCUAUCGCAUCUCUGUCCAGUGCGUCACAAGCAGGGGCAACUCAGACGAGCUGCAGUGCACACUCUUGGUGGGCAGGGAUGUAGUGGUGGCCCCCUCCCACCUGCGCGUGGACAAUAUCACGCAGAUCUCCGCUCAGCUCUCUUGGCUGCCCACCAACAGCAACUACAGCCAUGUCAUCUUCCUCAACGAGGAGGAGCUGGACAUCGUCAAGGCGGCCAGGUACAAGUACCAGUUCUUCAACCUCAGGCCAAACAUGGUCUACAAGGUGAGGGUUUUGGCCAAGCCUCACCAGAUGCCCUGGCAGCUGCCCCUGGAGCAGAGGGAGAAGAAGGAGGCCUUUGUGGAGUUCUCCACGUUGCCUGCAGGCCCUCCAGCUCCCCCACAAGAUGUCGCCAUCCAAGCAGGGGCCACAGCAGCCACCAUCCAGGUCUCCUGGAAGCCACCUGCACUGACUCCCACUGGGCUGUCCAAUGGGGCAAGCGUCACCGGCUACGGCGUGUAUGCCAAAGGGCAGAGAGUGGCUGAGGUCAUCUUUCCCACGGCGGACAGCACCACGGUAGAACUUGUGAGGUUGCGGAGCCUGGAGGCCAAGGCUGUGACUGUGCGCACACUCUCUGCACAGGGCGAGUCCAUGGAUUCUGUCUUAGCUGCCAUCCCCUCUGACCUCCUGGUGCCUCCAGCCCCCCACCCGAGGACUGCCCCACCUCCGAAGCCAUUAACAAGUGCCCCUGAUACCAAAGAUGAACACCCGGGUCCUCAAGCCAAAACAGACGAGUCCUGGGAGCAGAGCCGGGCACCAGCUCCUGUACAUGGAUACAUGCUGGAGCCGCCCAGCCUGCAGGGUGCUGGCCCUGGGAGAAGGUCACCCUCGCCCAGCCGGAUCCUCCCACAGCCCCAGGGAACUCCUGUGUCCACCACCGUCGCCAAGGCCAUGGCCCGCGAGGCUGCACAAAGGGUGGCCGAGAGCAGCAGGAGUAAAAGGAGGGCCUCUUUCCUGGAGAGGAGGGGAGGGCAAGUAAUGCCAAAUCCAGACGAAGGAGGAUGGCUCGCUCCCCUGAGUUUCAAGUAGGAGAGGCCACGUUCGGUGGAUGACUUUCUGAAAGGUUGAGCUUUGGGAUCAAAACACCACUGUUGCCAUGGAGAAGAGUACCACACAGAGAGCAGCCGGGGAUCCGACCUCUCGGACAUCAUGGAGGAGGAUGAGGAGGAGCUGUACUCAGAAAUGCAGCCGGAGGAUGGGGGCAGGCGACGGCCCAGUGGCACCUCCCACAGUGCCCUCAAGAUUUUAGGAAACACAGUGUUGGCGGGACGGGCUGAUCACGGGGGCCGGAGGAGUUCCCACGGCAGCACUGGUCCUCAGAGGCCCCGGCCGACGAUCGACGACUAUGUCCGGCAAGACCGCCUCUCUCCAGAUUUCUACGAAGAGUCGGAGACCGACCCCGGCACCGAGGAGCUCCCGGCACGCAUCUUCGUGGCUCUGUUUGACUACGACCCACUCACCAUGUCCCCGAACCCCGACGCAGCUGAAGAGGAGCUCCCCUUCAAAGAAGGACAGAUCAUCAAGGUCUAUGGGGAUAAAGAUGCAGACGGGUUCUACCGAGGGGAGACCUGCACCCGUCUCGGCCUCAUUCCUUGUAACAUGGUCUCUGAGAUCCAAGCGGACGACGAGGAGAUGAUGGAUCAGCUACUGAGACAAGGCUUUCUCCCUCUGAACACACCUGUGGAGAAAAUAGAGAGAAGUAGAAGAAGUGGCCGGCUUCCCUCUGUGUCAACAGGAAGAAUGGUGGCUCUGUACGACUAUGACCCAAGAGAAAGCUCGCCGAAUGUGGACGUUGAGGCUGAGCUUCCAUUUUGCACGGGAGACAUUAUUACUGUUUUCGGUGACAUCGAUGAGGAUGGAUUUUAUUACGGGGAACUGAAUGGGCAGAAAGGCCUGGUACCCUCGAACUUUCUGGAAGAAGUGCCUGACGACGUGGAGGUCUACCUUUCCGAUGCGCCAUCCCACUACUCCCAAGACACGCCCGUGCGCACCAAGGCCAAAAGGAAGAAGAGUGUUCAUUUCACACCCUAA